AAUGUGCGUCUUCAGGCUCAGCCUUUCACUGCAGAAGGCGUUGCUGCUGCCUGCGGCGCCUCGCAGUCGUCGAAGGCUUUCCGUCAAGCCAUCACAUCCAUCAAGCUGAGGAAUAUCAGAGUGGACAUCCGCUACGCCUUCAAACCGAGCUUCCACUUUGACGAGGAGGAGUUUGUUCAGGGAAGGAGAAUCAUCACAGAGGGAAUGGUUGCUGUCAAAGCCAACAACAGGAUGGGGAAUUAUGAGACCGCAAAGGAGAAACUGGGAGAGAUUAUGCAUCCUUUGCAAGAUUUCUACAGUCACAGCAACUGGGUGGAGCUGGGAAACACACUCCCAAACUCUAAUCUGAUUAAAGCAGAAACCAGCAUCGGCAACAUCGCAGGUGAAAGCAGAGCCACCUGUCGCAACUGUGUCGGCGACGACUGCACCAACAACAUUCUGGAGGACAUCAUCGCUGGACAGAUCCUGACCUCUGGCUACUUUGGGCUCCUACCUUUUGUCUCAACCAAGCCACCUGGAAAGUGCAGUCAUGGAGGAUCAUUCGAUCAAACUGGUAAGAUCGAGCCAACCGGUGGGAUUAACAAGGAUUCCUUCCAAUCCAGCCACGGACAUCUCCACACGCGAGCUGCAAACCUGGCAGUAGCUGCAACCAGCCAGCUUCUGGAGGACAUUCGGCUGGCAGCCGGAGACCUCCCCUUCCUACAGAUGGUGGGGAUCUCUAGAGGAUCCAGCAAAGCUCUUUGUUUUGUCACUGACACCUCAAAGAGCAUGAGCGACGACAUCGCCGUGGUGAAGACCGUCACAUCCACCAUCAUCGACAUCCAGGUGGGAACAGAGAACGAACCGUCCGUUUACAUCCUCAUCCCAUUCAGCGAUCCAGGAUUUGGGCCAAUAAUUCGUACAACGGAUGCAACACUUUUCAAGGAUAUUGUGAACCAUCUAACAACUAAUGGUGGAGGAGAUGAUGAGGAAAUGAGUCUUUCAGGGCUGCAGCUGGCGUUAACUAGUGCUCCGUUCAACUCCGAGAUAUUUCUCUUCACGGAUGCUCCUGCUAAAGACAAAGAUUUGAAGAACACGGUGAUUGCUCUCAUAGAGCGAACCCAAACUGUGGUCAACUUUAUGAUUACAGACUCGGUCGUUACUAAUCGCCGCAGGAGAAGAAACGGCAACCAAUUGCAGACGAGAGCGAUCUCAGAGUCUGACGCUCAGCUGUACAGAGACCUGGCUCAGGCGUCGGGCGGUCAGGCCAUCGAAGUGACGAAGGCCGAACUUCCUGUCGCCGCAGCAAUCAUAGUCCAGUCAGUCAGCUCUUCAAUGGUGACCCUUCUGCAGGCGUCCAGGAACCCAGGAAAAACCGACAGUUUCACCUUUAUUGUUGAUGAAACUGUUAUAAACCCGACAGUUUACAUCACCGGCAGGUCCCUCACUUUCACACUCACAAGCCCGACAGGUGUAACUCAGCAAAGCACCGACUCUACCGGCUCAUUGAUCACUUCUUCAGAGACUGUGGGAAACUUCAUAACGGUGCGGUUACAAAAGCACGUUGGACAAUGGGCAAUCAGAAUUGUGUCAAACAAUCCCUACACCCUGAGAGUUGUUGGUGAGAGCUCUGUCGACUUCCUGUUUGACUUUGUCGAGCCGUCUCAGGGUCCUUUCGGUGGAUUCGAUGCUCUCGACUCGCGUCCCAGAGCAGGCUUCUAUGGCAGUUUGUUGGUGACUAUAUCAGGAAGUGACGCUGCUGCUGUGACAGAAGUUGCUCUGGUGGAAUCGACGAAGGGGUCGGAGGAGACGUUGGGAGUUGUUGUGUCGCAGGGCGGCAGGAACUUUUUAGUCCAGGUUGAUGUGAUGCCGACGGUGGAGUUUGUAGUGAGAGUAAAGGGGAGAGUUCAAGGUUCUACUACUGACUUUCAGAGACAGUCGCCCACCAACUUCAGAGCUUCUAAUCUGACUCUUACAGCUGACUCAGACAGCAUCUUGAUUGCAGGAACCAUGACCUCUGUGCCCUUCACUGUGGCUUCAAGUAGAUCCGAUGAAAACAUAACCAUCCGAGCCACCAACUCGAGAAGUCUUGACUUGACAUUUCCGACCGUUUUAUUGGUGGAAAGUGGGAACAGCACUAAUGGCACGGUGACCCUGCUGGCUCCGCUGAGCAUCCCGUCUGGUUCCGACGUCAUCCUGACCAUCGUGGCCGAGACGCCGGAUGGAAGUGACACCAACUACAUUGUGCUGCGAUUCUCUGUAGUAAACUCGUUAAAUGAUUUCACCCAACCAGAGUGUCAGCUUCUCAGCAUGCAGUCCAGCUGUGUUGAAAACUGCAGCCUGUCUGCUUGGGUCGUCUCCAUCAGAGUGACUGACGGCGACAGCGGGGCGGGCGUCGAACGCGUCAGCCUCAUACAGGGCACCGGCGUCUUCAACACCAACCUGGAGGCCGGAAACGAGAACGUAACGCUGGUGUCCUACGUCGCCUCCUGCUGUGCGCCAGUAAUGCAGCUGCUGGUUGUGGACCGGGUCGGCAACGUUGGCACGUGUCGGUUCACUGCCAGGGUCUCCGGGUCCAGCAUGGCCUCGCUGUCUUUCUUUCUGUGUCUCAUCAUGAUGGGGUUUGGACAACUUUUACUGAGUGAAUUCAUGAACUGA